AUGGCUUCCCGUGGACUUCCCCGUGCCCUCCGUCUGGCCCGUGUGGCCGCUCCCCGCUCGGUCGUUACGGCUGCCCUCCCCCGGCCGGCUCUGGCCGCUGCCGCCGCCGCCCCUCGAGUGUCCGUGGUGACUCCCACCCGUGGUAUCAAGACCAUCGACUUCGCGGGCACCAAGGAAGAUGUCUACGAGCGUGAGGACUGGCCCCGUGAGAAGCUCCAGGAGUUCUUCAAGAACGACACCCUCGCCCUCAUCGGCUACGGCUCCCAGGGUCACGGCCAGGGUCUGAACCUGCGUGACCAGGGCCUCAAUGUCAUUGUUGGUGUGCGGAAGGACGGCGCUUCGUGGAAGGAGGCCAUCCAGGAUGGCUGGGUCCCCGGCAAGAACCUGUUCGAUGUCAACACCGCCAUCGAGAAGGGCUCCGUCAUCAUGAAUCUGCUCUCCGAUGCCGCCCAAAGUGAGACUUGGCCCUCAAUCAAGCCCCUCAUCACCAAGGGCAAGACCCUCUACUUCUCUCACGGUUUCUCGCCCGUGUUCAAGGACCUCACCAAGGUCGACGUCCCUAAGGACGUUGACGUGAUCCUUGUUGCCCCCAAGGGUUCCGGCCGCACUGUCCGUACCCUCUUCCGUGAGGGUCGUGGUAUCAACUCUUCGGUCGCUGUCUACCAGGACGUCACUGGCCAGGCUAAGGAGAAGGCCAUCGCCAUGGGUGUCGCUGUCGGCUCCGGCUACCUCUACGAGACCACCUUCGAGAAGGAGGUCUACUCCGACCUGUACGGCGAGCGUGGCUGCCUGAUGGGUGGUAUCCACGGUAUGUUCCUCGCUCAGUACGAGGUUCUGCGUGAGCGCGGCCACAGCCCCUCGGAGGCCUUCAACGAGACCGUUGAGGAAGCCACCCAGUCCCUGUACCCCCUGAUCGGUGCCAACGGCAUGGACUGGAUGUACGCGGCUUGCUCGACCACCGCUCGCCGCGGUGCCAUUGACUGGUCCAGCCGCUUCCGUGACAACCUGAAGCCCCUGUUCAACGAGCUCUACAAUAGCGUGCGCGACGGCACUGAGACCCAGCGAUCACUCGACUACAACUCGCAGAAAGACUACCGCGAGAAGUACGAGAAGGAGAUGCAGGACAUCCGCGACCUGGAGAUCUGGCGCGCCGGCAAGGCCGUUCGUUCCCUGCGCCCUGAGAACCAGAAAUAA